AUGGAGUGUGCGGCGUGCAGAAAGCCAGCAACCGACUCGGCUCCUUUGAAGCGCUGUGCAAAGUGCCACACAACAAAAUACUGCUCGCGAGACUGCCAGAAGGACGACUGGAAACACCACAAAAAGAGCUGCAGCCGUCUCGCUGCGGCACGCAGUGGGGCAACGCCGGGUCCGUCGACAAAUACACCCAGUGCCACUACUACGAACACCGACAACAGCACAAACCCGAGGUCAGACACUACUUUCCCAGGACUAUCAGCUCCUCAAGCCGUCCCUCAACCAUUCCACGCUCUUUCCGAGAGGAAGUUCCUUCACAAUCGUCCUGAAGACGACGUCUACAAGCUGUUGAUCGACUGCUACCGCUUCCGGGUCGAGGAUGACUACAAGUUCACUGGAGAUGUCGAAGAGGACUGUAUCUACGGAGGAGCUCCCGACAGCUACAAGCCCUUCCAACGCUUCCUGCGCAAGGCAGAGGGACGGGACGGCCUGCUACCAAGCUGGUGGUCGUCAGCGAAGGCGAAGGCAUGUCUCGAGUACGGGAAGGACCCAAGGAACUGGAGCGAUCUGUGCUGCGCCAUUGAGAAGCAUGAUGUCACGGAACACUACGGAGACAACUUGAUGCCGAUGAAGUUGAGGAUGCUGGGGGAGCAGAUCUUGGGGACCGGUCCAGGGGGUCAGAGUGGUGCCGCCAUGAUGCAGCUCCAGAUGCAGGCGGAGAGGGGAUCCAUGUGGUCGAGCCAUCUCGACAUUAGCCAAAUGUUCCGUUAA